AUGAGCAAAAAACUUGAGAGGCUUAUUUUUGGACAUAAAGCAAAUAUGAGACACAGUUCAAGUCUUACUCCUUUGCUUGAGCUUAUGCUUCUUCUGGCCUUGGUUUCUGUCUCCAGUGUUGCUGCCUUGUUGCCGACCUCUGCUCCUCUAACAGUUGGGCUCUACAACAAGACCUGUCCCUGCGCUGAAACUACUGUCAGAGGAGUUGUAAAGUCCGCGAUUGCAAAGGAUCCUGGACUUGGAGCUGCUCUGAUCAGAAUGCACUUCCAUGAUUGCUUUGUGAGGGGAUGUGAUGCAUCCAUUUUACUGGACUCAACUCCAGGGCAUCCAACAGAGAAGGAUCACUUCAUUAACAAGCCUAGCGUAAGGGGCUUUGAAGUGAUUGAUGAAGCCAAGCUUCAACUUGAAGCUCAAUGUUCCCAAACGACAUGUGCAAAGGCUUAUAGUGAGGCAAACUAUAAUGAUGCCUUAGAGGUGUUAACAAAGGUGAAUCCACUUGCUGUAGAAGCUUUGGAAGCAUAUAAUCCUAGUGUGUUUUGUAGAGCCUUCUUAAAAACACAUGUGAAGGCUGAUGUUAUAACCAGCAACAUGGUUGAGACUUUUAAUGGGAAGCGGGAUAUGACUGGUCUGCCUUGUUGCCAUGUUGUGGCAGCAAUGUUUUACUUACACAAGAAUGCAGAAGACUUUGUUGACCCAGCAUACACAACUGCAAAGUACAUUAAAGAUUAUGCACACUUUAUUCCCCCAAUUGAUGGUGAAAGGAAUUUGCCUGUGAAGGAACCAGGAAGUAGUGCAGCUGUUGAUGUUUCUGCCUUCACCAAUACCUACACAUUCAACUUCAGUCAAGGUUCAACAUCUAAAACUGGUGGGCAAUAG